ACGUAUAUUGCAAACUUCAACUUUCUCCCUUCAAAGUUCAAUUCUUUUUUUUUCCCUGCUAUUUGGAUCCUAUGCAAAUGAUAAAAAUCUCUCAGUAUAAUUCAGAAAACUGAGGUUCCCUGCUAAGGUUUACUUAGUCUGUAUUCACUGAAGUGAAGAGGCAUCAGACGGAAGUAACCAUGGCUAUGCAUGGUUGUUAUUGCCACUAUAUGAAGUUAGCAACUCAAAGAAGAACACUGGACAAUAUUAGUUUUUCAGGCUCAAUUUCAGUUCAUAAAUUUACAAAGAAUAAAAGGAAAACAUCAACCUGUGGUCCAUCAGGGAAUAAUCAAUUUCCUAGGUUCCUCGUGGAAAUGCGACAGACAGAGUUGUCUGCCUCAAAAUACGGAACUAAUGGGAGAGCUGUCAAAAUGGUACCAACAAAAGAGGCAGUGAAAAGAAAGACAACAUCAGUGAACAAGGUGGAGAUGGUGAAUGGUUCAACUUCAAAGAAGGCUGUUAAUGGAGCAAGUCUAGUAAGAAAAGAUACUGUUCCUACCCCAGCCUUGACCAAGACACUAAAGUCUAGAACCUCUAAGGAACUUCCAUCUUUGGGUGAACUAAAAAUUUUACCCUCAGAUGAAGGUUUCAGUUGGGCAAAUGAAAGUUACAAUUCCUGGCAGAGGUCUAUAGAUGUUUGGUCUUUUGUUGUUUCUUUACGUAUUCGGUUUCUGUUGGACAAUGCAAAAUGGGCAUAUUUGGGAGGCUUCACUGAAGCAAAGCAGAAAACCAGAAGGCAGAAAACUGCCUCGUGGCUAAGGGAGUGUGUAUUACAGCUUGGUCCAACUUUCAUUAAACUUGGGCAGUUAUCAUCAACAAGGUCAGAUCUAUUUCCACGUGAAUUUGUGGAUGAGCUAGCGAAAUUGCAGGACAUGGUUCCCGCCUUCUCUUCUAAGAAAGCAAGAGGCUUCAUUGAGAGUGAAUUGGGAGCUUCCAUUGACACAUUAUUUAGGGAGUUUGAAGAUCGGCCAAUUGCUGCUGCUAGUCUUGGUCAGGUUCAUCGUGCUAUUCUGCAUAAUGGAGAAAAAGUAGUUGUCAAAGUUCAAAGGCCUGGUCUAAAGAAGCUUUUCGACAUUGAUCUGAAAAAUUUAAAGCUGAUUGCCGAAUAUUUUCAGAGAAGUGAAACUCUAGGUGGUCCAACUAGAGAUUGGAUUGGAAUAUAUGAAGAAUGUGCAAUUAUUUUGUAUCAAGAAAUCGAUUACAUAAAUGAAGGAAAGAAUGCUGACAGGUUCCGCCGAGAUCUUAGAAACAUGAAGUGGGUUCGAGUACCUCUGGUAUAUUGGGAUUAUACUGCAUUAAAGGUGUUGACCAUGGAGUAUGUACCAGGUAUCAAAAUAGACCGGGUGGAUACAUUAACUUCGCGUGGCUAUGAUCGAUUACGGAUCUCAUCACGUGCUACUGAGGCGUACCUGAUUCAGAUACUGAGAACAGGUUUCUUUCAUGCCGAUCCUCAUCCUGGAAAUCUUGCUAUUGAUGUGGAUGAAGCAAUUAUUUAUUAUGACUUUGGCAUGAUGGGAGAGAUCAAAUCUUUGACCCGAGAGAGACUGCUGGAACUUUUCUAUGCCAUUUAUGAAAAGGAUGCCAAAAAGGUUAUGCAAUGCCUUAUAGACCUUGGAGCACUGCAACCUACUGGGGACCUAUCAUCAGUGAGGAGAUCUGUGCAGUUUUUCUUGGACCAUCUGCUAAGCCAGACACCAGAUCAGCAGCAGACUCUUUCUGCAAUUGGAGAGGAUUUAUUUGCAAUAGCACAAGACCAGCCAUUCCGUUUUCCAUCCACCUUUGCCUUUGUUCUCAGGGCAUUUUCAACACUUGAAGGCAUUGGUUACACACUCAAUCCAAAUUUCUCUUUUGCUAAGAUUGCUGCACCCUAUGCACAGGAACUUUUAGACGUAAGGAAAAGGCAACGCACUGGUCCACAACUGGUGGAGGAGAUAAGAAAGCAAGCAGAUGAUGCAAGAACAUAUACCAUGUCAAUGCCAUACAGAGUUCAAAGAAUAGAAGAGUUUACAAAACAACUUGAGGCAGGGGAUCUAAAACUACGAGUCCGUGUGCUUGAGUCUGAAAGAGCUGCUCGGAAGGCAACGAUGUUACAAAUGGCAACUAUGUACACCGUAUUAGGUGGAACUCUUCUAAAUCUAGGCAUCGCUAUGAGCAGCCAAGGCAAUGAAGCUAUUGCCAAUGGAUCUUUUGUUGGUGCAGGUGUUUUUAUGACACUAUUUGUCAGAUCCAUGCAAAGAGUAAAGUUGCUUGAUAAGAUUGAGAACAUGAUAUAAUUUGUUACCAACAAAUUCAAUUAUUUUAAGCUUAUGUAAAGUUGUCUUCAUCUCCAUUUUCUUACUUGUAAACGUUCAAUAUUUUUUAGCAUCAAACAAGCAUAGAAAAAAUGAAAAAAAA